AUGGCGCUCCCGAGGAGUGUGAAGGAGCAAGGGUUCAGCGUAGUCGUGGAUGAGAUGGCUAGAUUGCUAGCGCAAGAUUCCACCGCGGGCAGGUUAAGAGCUCUGACAGAGUUACGGAACUUGAAGAUGCGCCCGAACCAGGACGUCGCUGAAUUUUGUGUUGUACUAGAAAGACUGGGUCAGCAGGCAAACCCGGGAGCUGCGAUUGAGGAGCGCUCACUGGAAUACGCGCAAAUACUCUUGGACAACCUGGCCGGAUGGCCGGAGCAUUUCCAAUUGGUAGGCGCGCUGCAUAAGGUAGAGCCGCAUAGGGCUUACAACGAGGUUAAGCAAUUAGCCUUAAGCAUAGAGCAGUCGAAGCUCAUGCUAGCUGCCAAUAGGAGGGCGGCUGGGGCAAGCUGGAAGAAUAGGUCCGCACAUUAUCGCGAGAACAGAGCGGACAGGGAAUUUGAUCAUCCAAGGGAUCUUGGGAGACAGGUGUCACCUAGAAGCGAGGUGCACGGACUGGAGGACAGGGGACUCCAUGACAGUGCACACGCGCCUCAUCGCUCCAAUAAGACUAUGCCAAGCCAGGGCACUAGCGAGAGCAAGAAAUGCUAUAGCUGCUCGAGGUACGGACACAUUAGCCGCGACUGCCCGCAAAGAAAGGCUAGGGUAAACCAGAUCGGACACAAGGAACAAGCGCAGGACAGUGGGUACGAUGUGGAUGCUCUGGAGUUGGUAGAGGAGUCAAGUCUCAGCCCCGUCUUUGAUGCAUCAGGAAAUAGAAUGCACUUUCUGGGAGCAGUCAUAGUAGAAACCGAACUGCAUGGAGGAAAUCGGGAGAGAGUCGCCUUUCACAUCAGUAAGGGAAAGGAAGAGGAAAUCAUAUUGGGCACCAAUGCUCUUGGUAGGUUGGGAAUCGAAGUUUCCAUAAUCGGAAACCAAGAGGGAAAGAUACAACAGAGAAAAGAAGAGGACAGAGGAGAUGUGACAGUGAAGGAGCGUGUGUAUGUACCGCCUCGUAGGGUCGCGCUCGUAUCAGUGCUAUGCAGUGGUGACCGUUUGGAAGAGGUGGAGCGAGUGAUUUGGCCUACCAAGGAGGGGGUAGCAGCCGGCGUGUACAGUAUCCGAAAUCAGGAAGCGGUUGUGCCUGUCUUCAAUAAUAGUGAUGAAGGGCUGGUCCUCAAGCAAGGCGAAGAGGUAGGGCGCUGGGGCACCGACAAGUGGCAUCAGCGAUGGGAAGAACUCAACCCACUGAAGAUGGAUAAUGGAGAACACAUGUGGCAAGGACAAGAAAGACUGGAAAGACUAACAGAACUGAUUGAAAUAAACACAGAAGCAGGGCAUCUAGAUGAAGGCAUACGGCAUUUGCUAACAUUACAUUCGGAUGCGUUUGCAGUGUGUGAGAGAGAACUUUCUCAGACAGAUAUGACAGAAAUGACUAUCGAUACGGGAGACAGUAGCCCUAUAAAAAUGAAAGCAAGACCCGUUCCGUUAGGGAUCAGACCGAAAUUGAAAGAGCUUUUGACAGACUUACUAGAUAGGAAUAUAAUCGAAAAGAGCAAGUCGGAGUGGGCCUUCCCUAUAGUUCUAGUUGAGAAAAAAGAUGGUUCCAUUCGAUUGUGUGUGGACUAUAGGGAACUCAACAAAAGAAUAAAAUUAGACGCCUAUCCACUUCCAAACAUUGAAGCUAACGCGGCGAGUUCCUAG